AUGGAGAGAUUUGGAUCCAACUACGAAUUGAAGCGUUGGCAACGGAAAUAUACUGCUGCAUGGCUGGUACAUGAGAGAAUGUACAACUGUCCGGUUAGUUCCAGACGUUCUAAGUCUGCUACGCAUUAUGGUGGUCGUGUUCCAAUAUGGGACGAAAAUGAAUUCGAAGCGAAUGACUAUCUGUUCAACGUUCCUUCUAGCCGUAAGAAAGCUAUAAGUUAUCUUCUCAACAUGAAACAUCAAAUGGAGAAAGUUGACCGGAAAAAGAAGAAGAAAGCAAUUCUGAAAGGUUCAAGAUGGAGUGGAGAUGGACAUUAUGGUAAAGACUUGCAGAAGCUAAAGCCACUGAUUCCUGCAAAAUCUAACCAGGAGCCUGUCGGUGAUGAGCAAUUUCCUGUUGAGGAGCAUUUAUCAUUGGUUAAGCCUCGAGGUGAUGAACAACUUCCUUUGGACCAAGAUUCAAUGAAGGAGCUUCCCAACCAACCCUUGGCUUUUGUGUGUGCUCCUCCACAAGUUUUCACAAUCAUGACUUAUAUUCCUAUCAUGCGGCCAGCUUAUUCCUCCUUCAGGUUCAUUGAUUAUGAAAAAAUCAGCCGUUUGGAGACAGUCGCUAAUUCCAAAGUGAUUUUUGAGAACACCUUGACCAUCGUGAAGUUAACUGUUCUCAACAAACAAUUCCCUAAGAUCCCUGUCUUACCUGAUUGUUUGCAAGAAACUCUUCGAGAUCUGGACCUUGAUGGAGAAAUUGUGGAAAAGAGAAGAAAAACGUCGACCAACAUCCAAUCACAAGUGAGCAACUUUGCACCUUACUUGAACUCUGCCAACGUGUCUUCAUCUGGAACAGAAAAAGACGAUGAAACUCACGGAAUUCACUUCGAACAAGUGAAAGACUCUUCGGUGUCUCAUCUUCUUCCUUUCUUGAUUAGAUUCUAUCGUAGAGGUGUUUGUGAUCCAACUUUCUGUGAUGGAACAGGAGCCAACGCUCUAAAAGCAAUGCGAUCAAGGAAAAUUGAAGAACGGCUUCAGUUCGCGUUUUGGACUAAGCUGUUUUGUGGUUUUGCUCCGGAAGACGAUCUCUUUACUUCGGAUCAAAUUUUCAUCAGCAACACAUCUUUCCGAUCUCUCAAGAAAGUUGAUAGAAAGAAGUUGGCAGAACAUGAAAUGACUCUGGAAGUUCUUCAACAUUUGGACUUGAAUCUUAAGCUAGGUUCCGAAAAAUCACUGAAGAGCCAGACUCUCUCCUAUGAACAGAAGAAAAGUGUUAUCCUUGAAGGAAAAGUUGCUGGAGUUUGGACUGUGGAAGAACAACUGGAACUGAGUUCUGCAUGGAACAAAGAGGAGGGAGUACCUUUGUUUCCCACUUUGUCUCUAACUACUUCAUAUAACUUGAACGCAAUCGACUGUGGUUAUAUCAAGAUUGUAACCAGAUGUGAUGAAUCUCAAAACACCAUCAAACUGCUCCUGGAAAUCGGUGAGACGAAUUUCGCAAAAGAAACUGAAAUUGAGGCUGGAACUGACGUCUUAACCUUUCAAGCUCCAGAUAUAGAACCUAUGAGAGAUGAGGAGAAAGAGAAAAAAGGAUCGCGAAGUGAUUUGUACUUGGACGAGUCUUUCAUUAACCGCCUGAUGAAAUACUAUACCAUUGUUCUCGAAGAUGAUCGUUUCCAUAUUGUGGAUGGUGAUAAUGGAAAAACAUGUAUUCUCAUUGACGCAUCGUUGGAACUUGGACCAUUGAUGAGCUUAACCAUGACUGAAGAAGAAGACUCAAUGGAUGAAAAUUGGCUGGUAAACGGUUUCCCUGGAUUUGAAGAUGAUGGAUAUGAUCGAGAUGAUGAUUCGGACCCAGGUUACGCCAAGAUCAUUUUCCCUCCUAAGAAGAAAAUGAGAAAGGAGGUUAAGAAAAGCCGCAAACACUGA